CUGUCUGAGCUGCCAGAAUCCGCCAGGAUGACUGCGGACAUGUUUGAAUCGUCCUGCUGCUCACAGGCCGGACUUCAGGCAUGAAACAAGACAGAAACAGACAGGAGCGGGAGGUUUUUCUGCUGCUGUUUUGGGACAAGGGCGGAGUAGCAUCUCGAGUCAGUGACAGAGGAGUUAUGUGAUUAUUGUAGAUAUGUCUGACAAGAGUGAGUUAAAAGCUGAAUUGGAGAGGAAGAAGCAACGGAUUGCCCAGAUUCGAGAGGAGAAGAAGAGAAAAGAAGAGGAGAAAAAAAAGAAGGAUGGAGACUCAAAACGGGGAGCUGAGGCCGGCUCCUCGGUCGGCCAUGAGGACUCUGAUCUGGAGAGGAAGAGGAGGGAGGCUGAGGCCCUUUUGCAGAGCGUUGGCAUCACUCCUGAUAUACAACACGUUCAGCCCCUGAGGGUAGUAACAGAGGAUACCUGUCUGUUUCACUACCUAGUCCCCGCCCCCAUGUCUCCCUCCAACAAAUCAGUGGGCAGCGAUGCGGGAAGCCAAGAUUCUGUGGAUGGGAACACCGGACCGAGGACAUUGCAUUGGGAUCCCGACCCCUCCACACUGCAACUCCACUCCGACUCUGAGCUGAUGGGGCGCGGAGCUGUGAGGCUUGGCAUGUCAAAACUGACCCAGGUGGACUUUCUUCCCAAGGAGAUGGUGUCCUACUCCAAAGAAACACAGACACCCACAGACGCCCUGUCUCAAAGUGAUCAAAAAGCUGAAGAAGAGGAGGAUGAGGAUAUCACUGCUCCUCCACCGACAGAGGACAACCAGGAGGAAAAAGCUGUUCAGGACGAGCAGCAAGGGGAGGACACUCCAAAGGAGUUGACAGAAGAGGAAAAACUGCAGGUCCUGCACUCCGAGGAGUUCUUGUCAUUCUUUGAGCGAGGCAGCAGAAUCGUGGAGAGAGUUCUUGCUGAGCAGGUGGAUGUUUGCUUCGACUACAGUGGCAGGGAUCUGGAGGAUAAGGAGGGCGAUUUGCAAGCUGGCGCCAAGCUAGUUCUGAACAGACGCUUUGAGGAUGAGCGCUGGACAAAAAACCGAGUGGUGACCUGUCUUGACUGGUCUCCUCAGUAUCCAGAGCUGCUGGUGGCUUCAUACAACAACAACGAGGACGCUCCACACGAGCCCGAUGGCGUCGCGCUGGUCUGGAACUUGAAGUAUAAAAAACCUACACCAGAAUACAUCUUCCACUGCCAGUCCGAGGUGAUGUCAGCCGGGUUUGCAAAGUUUCACCCCAACCUGGUGGUGGGCGGGACGUACUCCGGCCAGAUCGUCCUGUGGGACAACAGGAGCAACAAGCGCACUCCUGUUCAGAGAACGCCUCUGUCUGCUGCUGCACACACACAUCCUGUGUACUGCGUGAACGUGGUAGGAUCUCAGAACGCUCACAACCUGAUCAGCAUCUCCACCGACGGGAAGAUGUGCUCCUGGAGCCUGGACAUGCUGUCCCAGCCCCAGGACAGUCUGGAGCUGGUGUUCAAACAGAGCAAGGCGGUGGCUGUGACUUCCAUGGCGUUUCCUCUCGGGGAUGUUAACAACUUUGUGGUGGGGAGCGAGGACGGCUCCGUCUACACCGCCUGCCGCCACGGCAGCAAGGCUGGCAUCACUGAGGUGUUCGAGGGCCACCACGGUCCGGUGACGGGGCUGAGCUGCCACAGCGCCGUAGGACCGGUGGACUUCUCUCAUCUCUUCAUCUCCUCCUCUUUUGACUGGACCGUCAAGCUGUGGAGUACCAGGAGCACCCGUCCACUGUACUCAUUUGAGGACAGCUGCGACUACGUCUACGACGCGAUGUGGUCUCCAACACACCCGGCUCUGUUCGCCUGCGUGGACCUAUCGGGCCGUCUGGACGUGUGGAACCUCAACAAUGACACAGAAGUUCCCACCGCCAGCGUCGGCGUGGACGGCGGCGCAGCCCUGAACCGCGUCAGAUGGUCUCACACUGGGAGAGAGAUCGCUAUUGGAGACUCGGAGGGGCAUGUGCACAUCUAUGACGUAGGAGAGCAAAUCUGCGUUCCCAAGGCGGACGAGUGGACGCGCUUCGUCAGGACCCUGGCGGAAAUCAACGAGAACAGAGACGAGGCCGAGGAACUGGCGAACGCCUGAUGCCACUCGCCCCCACUUCCCUCCUAACUGCUUUUAAAUUCCUCAUCCGAAUACUAAACACCUAAAGCAAUUUAGAAUGAAUAUCCAGAGAAGCUGCUCCUCUUUGGCGUCCAGCUUUGUGUCCUUCACUACACCCCUGAGGGAAAUGUGCUAAGCUAGAACGGAGCGAAACCACGUAAGCGUUCCAGGUUGUAUCAAGCAGGAUGUCAUAUGUAGAUGUAGAGGCAGACGUUUGAAGGCCGACAGAUCAUUCAAAAGGGACACAGAAAAGGUUUUUUUUUUUAAGUUGUCCACUAUGAAUAGGGAUCCUGAAAGCACUCUUUCCCUGAGGCCUCCACCACCGUUUCAUUUUAAUAUGCAAACCUUUCUACUUGCUCCUUUCUAAUCAUCAUUUCAGUGUUUUUACAUUUUACUGGUGAUUUUUGGAGGAAAACCUUUGAUCCUGAAGCUCUUCAAGGUUUGCAGCUCUUGUGUAUUUCAGCACUACAAUAUUUAAUAUUUAUUUACUGGUUGCACUUAUUUAAAGUUUGCUGUUUCCAUUUAAUUAUUUUAGUACUAAAAUGUUUGAAAUGACAGUGACACUACAAGCCUUUUAUGAGGUCCAGUUGUGCGAUUUGGCUUAAAAUUGACACACAAAAAAACCUUGAACUAUUUUAAAGUUUUAUAUUUGCAAAUAUUGUUUACUUUUGACGUAUAUCAAGUCAGAUCUAACGACGAUGGUUUUUUUCCCACCUUAAGACCUGAACUUAAUGUGUUUUUCUUCACAACGCAAACUUAACCAGGCUCAUAAAUUCUUACUUUUAGCCAGAAUGUACUCAACGGCAGUCGUGCUUUAUGCAUCGAGAACAGGAUCCAUGUUCCACACAGAAAAACUGUAUUUCCUGUUGUGUUCCUAAUGCAAUGAAUGGUUUUCCACAUAAAUAAAAAAACUCAAAACUA